GAAGUGUGUGAAUUCCGCCACGAAUAUUUUGAAAGUGUUAACUAAAUUGGUGUUUUCAUGAAAAGAUGCCUCCAAAAAAAAGAAAGCAAUGGAAUGCAGAAGCGAUGAAGAGGGCAGUAGAAGCAGUUAAGAACAAGGAAAUGGGAACUCUCAAGGCGUGCCCAAAAGCACACUGAUUGAUUAUGUAAUAAGUAAGAAACCGGUUGAUACAUUACUUGCUAUCAAAUUAGGCAGAAAACCUAUUUUAACAAAUGAACUUGAAGAAGCACUAGUUGA